AUGAGGAACCUAGUAAUUUCGAGGCACAAGCCGUAUCGGGUCCUAGUGGAGAGGCACGCAAACGAAAGCAAAGCUCUGUUAGUAGUACUAGUAGCAGCUCUUCGAGUUCAUCCUCGACGUCGGAUGACAGGCGAAAGUACUGACGGCGUGACAAGGUGGAUGAAUUAUUUUUUAAAAGUGGACUUGUUUAAAAUUUCAUCCGACCUAUUACAAUUAGUAUGUGGCCAUAGGGCUGAAAGUAUCGAGAUGCGUCGUGAAACAAUUACAGGCCAGGUUCGCGACCCUUUAGUAAAAACAUCUCUGAAUAAAAUCCCACCAUCAACGAUGCAUUUAUUUGAUUCCGAAGCAUUUUCUUUAGCCUUAGAAAAAUCUGGUGGAGUCCGCAAAGUUUUU